AGAAUCUCUACUUGAACAUACGCCAACAUUGAACUGCCAGGCUCGGCAUCACCACAGCUUCAUCUACCCCUCACUGUCAUACAAAUUGGCCAUUUAUUAUUUUUGAUUCCAACAGUGACCAAAUCGGUUACAGUACCGGCCAUGACAUCUCGUUCCUCUUCCAGAUCGCCCGUCUCAGGCUAUCUUGUCCAAGAACAACAUAGCGAGACAACUGGGAAAAGCACCGACGAUCUUUGUGAACGAUGCAGGGGGAUUGACUUUUACAGUCUCUUUGACAGCACUUCGCUGAAGGCACGAACAUGGAGAAGACGCGACAUGUAUACUUUGCCGUUUCUUCUACUCCGCACGUUGGCCCCAAGCACCUAUGACUCCCUCCGUCGACCACUACCAUCUGCGGCUGUUCACAACGAUUGACGUUUCGAAAUCAUCGUUUCCAAAGUCAAGCAUUUCUGGAGCGACCGUCUGCAGCGUUGUCCCAGGGAAGCUAUCAGAAUACACCCACAAGACUUUGGAUGACGGUCACGAGGCUUACUAUGCCUGCGAGCCCACACUCAGGGCAAACGGGUACUUUGUUCCUGACAAAUCGGCACCGACAACACCAGACGACAGCUACAGAGGCCCUUUCUUCCUAACUAAAGGGCGGCGCGUUCUCCCCAGGUAUAUCAACUUCGAGUUGAUACAGGGCUGGCUCCAGCAAUGUGAUCAUGAUCAUAUCGAGAGUCGGCCCAACCGCAACACAACCCAUUCUGCUCCGCUACGGUGUAUCGACUGCUUUAGUCGUGAAGUCGUUAGGCUGUCGCCUGGGGCCGAUUACGUGGCCCCCAGCUACGUCUGGGGUGGUAUCUCGACGGCUGGCAUGUUGAAAAGGGAGCAGGGCACGGGGAGGCUUUUCGUACCAGAGGAUGUUCCUCAAGUCAUCGGGGACAGCAUCGUCGUGGUAAAGAGUAUCGGAAAGCGUUAUCUUUGGGUUGAUCAAUGCUGUAUCGACCAAAAUGACAACGCGGACAAGAUGGCCCAGAUUCAGAAUAUGGAUAACAUAUACCAGGGUGCCUACCUGACCAUAGUGGCAGCCGCUGGUAAAGACUCCACCUAUGGACUUCCCGGAGUCAGCUGGAGGCCAAGAAGGGAGCAGCUUUAUGUCAAUAUCGGCUCUUUUGCCCUGGUCGGAUCCCUCCCUACCGCCCAUGAAGUAAUCCGAAACUCGAUCUGGGCCACGCGGGGAUGGACAUAUCAGGAGACUGUCUUAUCCCGUCGACUUCUGAUUUUCACCAACUACCAAGCACACCUCGUGUGUCCAGCACAGAUAUGGUGCGAAGAUAAAGCUCUUUCCAGAGGAUCUACCGGGGUUAUUUCUCAUGAACCUGUACCGGUGCUGUCUCAAAUAUUCGAAACCAAAAGGUAUCGAAGGGGGGCCACUGACCUCCGCGAUGCGUUCCGUCAUUUCGAACAAUUUUCAACGAGAGAUCUAACAUACGAAGGGGACGCUCUUGACGCCAUCAGAGGCCUAUUGUCACGAUGCCCCUUCUAUACGUACUAUGGAGUGUUGCUGCAAAGGUACGAGUCACCGGAAGACACUUCACAAUCCAGACACAGAACAACAUUACCAGUGGAAUUCUUUCAGUCUCUUUGGUUCUUCUUUGAACCUUCAGAGGGCAGUUUUGAGGUACGACGACGACCAGGGUUUCCCAGUUGGUCGUGGCUCGGUUGGAAAGCCCAGAAGGGGGUCGACUAUUCCAAGAUCAAUCCAAGUCUGAGGAAUGAAGAGGAUUCCGAAUACAGACUUGAGCGCAAGGCAAUCUUUUGGGCCGAGGAGCAUAACGGUGCUCACGUACAGCUGGUGGAUCUCUUGCUGUCACCAACCCCUUCGGCAUCCUCAUCUGAUAGCACAAGAAUUAUCCCAGAGUUGUCGAUGUAUCUCUGGUGGAGAAUAUGGUGCUCCAACUUCAGUUUCAGGACAACCACGAGAAGUGGCCCGAUUAUCCUGAUGAAGGGUAUCUCGAGGUAAAUUUCGAAAAAGAUGGCGUGAGGGGCUGGGUAGAUUUCGUUCACAGGCCUCGGACGCGGGAUGACCCCGUAUAUCAGAGGCUGGUAACAGAGACUUGGGAUUGUCUGCUCCUUUGCUGCACAUUCUUCGACAUGCAAUUCCUGAUACUAGAGUGGUCGGAUACCACGGCAUACAGAGUUGGAACGCUGAAUCUCUUCGCUUCUUCUGACCAGUACCAGGCUUUGUUGGAACGGGUUCCGCACUCUAUUCGGAAGAUAAGACUGGGUUGACUUCGCCAACAAAAGAAGCUUCACACUAUUUCUGGU